AUGGCCUUCUGCGGCCGCUGUGCCGGCCUGACCCUGCACGACUUCUACGACCGACCCAUCCCCUUCCACCGCAACCUCGUCGACUUGAAGCAGAGCGCGGAUGCCGGCUGUCCCUUCUGUUCCUUGUGCUGGGCCUCGCUUCUCAAAAUCACCAACAAGGACCGGUUAGGAAAGCUGCUGCGAAAUGAGUCUGCCUGGGAUGAAGGCGAGAGGUGGACUCCCACAAUGUGGCUGAUGGGCGGCCACUUCCACACCCGCGGCAGAGCCGGGGCGUAUAUUGAAAUCUCCUGUGGGAAGCCCAACCAAGUUGCAUCGGGUGGCGAGCCGGAGGAGGAGUCCAAUCCGAGAUUCAGCGUGUCGGCGAGGCUCGAGGUUUACGAACUGCCUGGACAACCAUCCACGUUCCGACUCUUGGGACGACGCAGCACGGCCGUCUAG